CAAACCCUAGGAUCCAAUAAAAUGAAAGCAAACGAUUUAAUACAAAAGUGUAUGAGAAGAAGGCAUAUCGUUUAGAGUUCCAUUCGUAGGAAGGAGAAAUGGUCAAUUGUUUUCAGUAUGGAGACAGACACUGAUAUAGCUGUCAUUGGAAUUGGGUGUCGGUUUCCUGGUGCGGAUAAUAUAGAUGAAUUCUGGAGAGUGCUAGUUAAUGGAGAAAAUCAUAUUGUGGAUAUACCACCCGAACGGUGGAACAAUGCUGCCUUUUAUAGCGAUAACCCAGACGAACCGGGAAAAUAUUAUGCAAAGAAAGCUGGAUUCCUUAAUAGGCAUGAUGAAUGGGACAACAGUUUGUUUGGUAUCAGUGAUACUGAAGCAGUGCGCAUUGACCCUCAACAUCGGUAUGUCUUGGAGUGUACACAUAUGGCGAUGGAAGAUGGUGGUAUCACCAGGAAACAUAUAUCAGGAACAAAAACUGGAGUUUACAUUGGUGCUAUGAAUGAUGACUAUAAAAGUUUGUCAAAUCUGGACCAUGAUGAAGAUACAAACUACACUGCCACCGGGAUGAGCACAACAAUUGUAGCAUCACGUGUGUCUUAUGUUUAUAAUCUUCGCGGUCCAUGCAUGGUGGUUGAUACAGCGUGUUCUUCUUCCAUCACGGCCAUACAUCUCGCAAGUGAAGCUAUCAGAUCAGGUGAUUGUGAUAUGGCUAUCUGUGGUGGUGUGAAUAGUUUACUUUGUCCGGAUGUAUUCAUUACACUCAGUCGUGCCAAGAUCUUGUCAAAAAUCGGCCAGUGCCAGACGUUUUGUGAUUCAGCUGAUGGUUACGCCCGAGCUGAAGGGUGUGGUAUUGUCAUCAUUAAAUCACUAAAAAAGGCACUACAGGAUAAAAACAAAAUCUGGGGCGUUGUACGUACCGGUAUAAACCAGGACGGACGUUCUGUUCAACCAAUAACUACACCAUCUGGCGAACAACACGAAGAACUAUUCAAACAAGUAUACUCUCGCUAUGAAGUUAAUCCAACAAAUCUUCAGUACAUUGAAGCGCAUGGAACAGGAACUCGAGUCGGGGAUCCAACAGAGGUAAACGCUUUGGGGAGAUUCAUCAGCAAGUACAGGAAUGAGUCAAAGAUUGCAAAUAUGAGGAAAGAUGAUGAUGAUGAUGAUAAUGAUGUUGUUGUUGAUGGUGAUGAUGAAAUAAAUACUCCUGGGCAUAAAAGUAGCGUCUUCAAAAAGAGAUUAAACAAAGAAAUAGAACAGAAUAGUCAUGAAAAUGAAAAUGAUGCAGAACCAUAUACGGGAAGGCAGAAAACUCUUAUCGGUUCCGUGAAAACAAAUAUCGGACAUUCGGAAGCCGCAGCUGGGAUGUCCGGACUGAUAAAAGUACUACUAAUGAUGAAAAAUGGAAGCUAUGUACCAAGUUUACAUAUACGGAAAGACAAAUCAAAUCUUAACAAGAGCAUUCAGCUUGAAGAAUACGGAUUUGAUAUUGCUAUAGAAACUGGCGAAUGGAGAACAAACGAAUUCGGGGAGAGGAUAUGCUGCGUCAACUCGUUUGGAUUUGGAGGCUCCAACAGCCAUGCAAUAGUCAUCCAGAUACUAGAACAAAGGUCAAAAAGACCAAAUACCUCAGAAAGUAGUCUAUGGUUUCCGGUUUGUGUAUCAGCUCCAAAAACGGACGGCUUAAAAUCCGUUUUGGAAUCUUUCAGCACAGACUUGGACACUAAAAUCUGCAAUUUAAAUGACGUAUCAUUUACGUCAGUAUUUCACCGUGAUCACUACAGCAGCAGGACAUUACUUUUUGGCACCAGUAAAGAGGAAAUCACACAACAACUGAGACACAAAUUAUCCAACAUGGAUCAAAUUCAUAAUCAACAGAAAUUUCGAACAACCUUUGUAUUUUGUGGGGUAGGUACAACAUGGAGUGGUAUGUGUAGAGAAAUGAUAGCAACACAACCAGUCUUCAAAGAGAACCUGAUGAAAAUUGACCGUUAUCUCAAGCUAAUAGCUGGAUGGAGCAUUGUUGCAAAGAUGGAGGUGCAAGACUAUUCCGAUCCUGUUGUAAACCAUAUCGCCAUAUUUUGCACGCAAGUAGCUUUGUAUGAAUUAUGGAAUAGUUGGGGGAUCUACGCAGAAGCUAUUGUUGGGCAAUCUGUAGGGGAGGUAGCUGCCGCCUAUGCAUCUGGAGCUCUUUGUCUUGAAGAUGCUGUUUCUGUUAUAUACUACAGAUCAAAAGCGUUAGCAGAAAAAUUGGGAGGAGUGAUGGUAGUUGUUGGAAACAUUUCCAUUCAAAAUGUAGAAAAAAUUUGUGAUCAAUUCGAACGACGUGUAACUAUUGCUGUGUAUAACAGUCCAUAUUCAUGUACGCUUUCCGGUGAUGCUGAUGUGAUGGACAAAGUUGUAGAUCAAAUUGAAGUCCUGAACCGUGAGUGUUCUUCAAACAUUUUGAUCAAACGGCUUUCCGUACCAUGUGCGUAUCACAGUCAAUACGUAGAAUCAAGUGCGGUUAGAAUAAAAAGUCAUAUGAAGGCUAUCCGAAAAGGAACGAUGGAAAUCGAUCAUUAUUCAACUGUUACUGGAAAACUUGCUACCGCUGAUGAAUUCCAGACAGGGCAGUACUGGGCAGACAAUGUGUAUAAGCCAGUUCGUUUCAUGGAAGCUAUAGAGGCUGCGGCACACAAAGACGUGACAAAUGUUUAUGUAGAAAUUGGACCAAGACCGGUGCUAAAAGCCCAUUUAAAAAACAUACUUGGAGACAAGUUCAAAGCUAUUAGUCUUCCUUCAAUGAAUAUGGGAAAAGAAAAUAUGACUGCCUUCUCCUCACUUGGUUUACUAUAUGAGCUUGGUGCUGAUAUCAAAUGGGAAAACCUAAAUCUCAGUGGUACAUCAAUCGAUGUGCCACGAUACACAUUCAAUAAAUCAAAAUUGCUUUUUGUUCCAGUUCAAAAGCAACAGGUUAUGAGAGGCGUCCCUACAAGCAGUUACAAGCAUAUGUAUGUUAGAGAUAUCAGUAGCCAAAGGGAAAUAUUUCAGAUAAAACUGGACAGGGAAAUGACACCCUUUGUGUUCGAUCAUUACUUCCUGAACAAUCUGAUUGUACCCGGGGCUACGUUCGUUGAAGCAGCAUUUGACAUUGGUCAAAAGAAGACGGAGCUAAGCGUUUAUGAGCUUAGCAUAUCGAGUGAGUUCUGUAAUCGCUUAAGUCUUGAAAACGACGAGCAGCUCUCGGUAGAAGCGGAAGUGACUUAUGGUGCAGACAGAAAUGGAUAUCAUUAUGUCUUUAAAGAUAAAGGGGUGACACUCUGUCAAGGACAUAUAUUUCCGCGCACAAAUCACACUAGGUCUGUUAUUGAUCUAGCGCCAAUCAUUUCAAGAUGCAAUGUUAAUAGAAACAACGUUGAAAGCUAUGAAUGCUUAGGACAACUUAGCCUAAGAUAUGGCGAGUCCCUAGCACUCAUUCAACAAUCAUGGACAUCUUCUAAGGAAUGCAUUGCUGAAAUACUUGUUCCAAAAACCGUCCAAAAGCAGAUUAAAACGACCCACUUUCAUCCUUCAAUUAUAGAUGCUUUAUUUCAAGCAUUUGGUAUUUUGCAUGUUACCACAACGGAGAUAGAAGGUAUUACAUUGCCUAAAGCAUUCAGUUCGUUGGUAAUAUACAUGCCACCACAGGAAAGAAUGUAUGCGUAUUGUCAAAGGAUUAAAGAAACACCAAUGACCAAACAUUACAAUUUACUUCUGCUGUCUACAACAGGUAUCACCAUUGCAGAAAUCAAAGACUUUUACCCAAAUACGACAAAGGCGCCAGAUACGUUUGAUGAUAGCAUUGUUUAUAAUCUGCGGUGGAAAAUAAUUAAACUACCUGACAAAAUUGAGAGACCUGGUAAUGAUGAUACAAACAGACUUCUCGUGUUUGCAUCGAAGCAUUUCAUGGAUAAUUUCAAUUGCCCUGAUGACACUUUAGUCAGUGACAAAGUGAUCCUUGACGGCACAAUAGAUGAUGCAUCUGUCUUCAGAAAAGCUCUCAAGAAUGUUUCUGCAACAAGCAGAGUCAUUUUUGCGCCGUUUCAUCACAUCGGAAAUACCAGCAGCGACAACAUGGAAGUGUUUCUUCAAGCUAAGACAAAUUUUCAAAAUUUAGCGCUUCUCAUACAAAUUUUGAAAGAAGCGAACACAUCAGUACCAGUGUUUGUUGUGACAGAAGGAGUCAUGGCCGACCCGAAUUUGAAAAUCAGCUCUUCCAACAUUUGUGGAGCGGAGCUCUGGGGAUUAGUAAGAUCUGUACUUAGGGAACAUUCUUUCAUCGAUGUAAGACUCGUUGAUAUGACAACAUCAGAUAUCAAUUUCACCGUUUUAUUUGAUGUCCUUUGGUCAGAUAAUGUCGAUUUCCAUGAAUAUCUCAUUCACAAUGGUACACUCCUUCACAGUGACCUUGUUGACGUACUCAGUACUGUACCAAGUAAGCGCAGGAUAACAUUUGAUCUUGCUGAAACCAUGAUCGUGAAGUCUGACUGUCCUAGCAUCGUGACAAAUGUUCAUUUGGAACACAAGCGUCAAGAAACAGAUAUGUUCGAAGCGGAAAAUCAACAAAAUCGUCAAAAUUAUCGCGAUAUUCUGGUUCAUUUUGUUUGUAUUCAUAACACUGACUUGUAUCCUGUUUCGACAGGUUUGGACAGCAGUGGAACAUCCAUAUGGCCAGAAAACAAUGAGUAUGGGUUUCCGAUUUUAUGCCUUGAAGGUGUUGGCACAAUGGUCGAUCGAUCCUCUAAAUCUGAACUACACGUGUCUAAUCCAAAGUUUGGUUUUUGCUUUGCGACAGACGUCACUACUACCGUUUCAGUUCCUAGCAGUUGUACAUUUGACGUUGCAGAACCGUCACAAUACGUGCCCGGUAUGAUGACACUUGGUGUAAUCGUCUGGAAUAUAGCAGAUAUCUGCAAUAUGUCUUCAAGCAUUUGUGUUACUUUAGAUGAAGAGCUGCAUUUCUGCACAGAUGUCAUUACAGAAAUCUUUAAAAGACAAAAGAAAAUUGUGCAAAUUGAUGACAUGAAAAGUUUAUCAGAAAAAUGCUCGGUGCAAGCGAUUGCUCCAAGAACCCUAGUUAUCCUCGGGAAAAUUGUGGACCACAAUGUAUAUGCCGAUAUCAUACCUAUAAGAUAUCCGAAUGUGAUCAAUAUUAUCAGUAUUGAAGCAUAUUUUCCAAGAGCUGUUGAAAUGACCAUGAAACAUCAGUACAAGAGUUUAUCUAUCCAAGUCCUGAAAACAGAAGAUUUCUUUACCUCAUCUCGUCUGACAAAAAUUGUACCGGAACUUAACAAAAUGUUCAAAUCAAGUACCAUGUCGAUGUCCAAAAAGCAGAUCGCAUGCCUUAGUAAUCACGACACAAAGGGAAAUGAAGUGCUGAAAUUACCUUUCCCUGUCCUGGUAGUUACUGAUGAAAAACUUUUGGAUUGCAAAAUACCUGUACUGGUAACAAAAGAAGAACUAUUCAGGCGAAAUGGAUGCUACAUUUUAAUCGGCGGUCUGACUGGGUUAGGAUGGGACCUUCUCCAACUGAUAGCAGAACUUGGUGCUGGCUGUAUUGCAACGAUAUCAAGAAAAGUUCCUUCAUCUCAAAAAGAACAAGAUAUUGAAGAUGUACAAAAUAGAUAUAGUUGUAAAGUUAUUUCUCUUCAAGCUGACAUUUCAGACAUUCGUCAAUUGGAAGAUGCAUUAACAGAGCUUCAAGAGCAAAUCGAGGGUGAUUUCCAGAUAAGAGGUGUUUUCCAUGGCGGAGCCGUUACACGUGAUAUGUUGUUAGAAGAUAUGAGCAAGGAAGAUGUUGAUAAGCCGUUGCUUCCAAAAAUUUUAGGAACCUGGAAUCUACAUCUGGCGACAAGACACAUGGCUCUUGACUUCUUUGUGAUGCAUUCUUCGAUUGUUUCAAUCUUCGGCAAUAAAGGACAAUGUAACUAUGCUGCUGGAAAUGCAUUUCAAGAUGCCGUUGCACACUACCGUCGCAGUCUUGGCUUAUGUGGUCAAAGUAUAAAUUGGAGUACAUUAGCUGUAGGAAUGGCAACAGAAAAUAAGAAGUUGGAAGCCUAUUUGAAAAGUCAAGGUUUUCAUUUCCUUAGCUCAGCCGAUAUUAGGAAAUGCUUCAUUAGAGCUUUGAUGGAAAAUUAUCCUCAAGUAAUAUUUGGACGCUUUGAUUGGAAAUGUCUUCAAGAAAAUGGAUCAAUUCAAUUUAAUUCGGCAAAAUUUGCAAAUUUCUCGAAAGAAGAAAAACAAUCGAAAGAAAACACUGGCUUGAGAGAUAAUCAGUUUUGCCUGGAGGAAUAUUAUGAGUCCAGUGCUGAGAAACAAAGGGAGAUAAUCGAAUGUUUAGUGAAGUUAACAAUAUCCGAAAUGCUUGUGAUUGAUAACUUCACUCUUACAAAGCACAGUAGCUUCGCUGCAAUAGGUAUCGACUCAAUGACGGCAGCAAGCUUCAUUAAUUCCAUUGUGAAGGCAACACGAGUCCGAAUACCACUUGAUCAAAUAUACAAUGACUCAACUGUUGGAACAGUUACUAAGUACAUUGUCGAACAUAUUCCCCACAAGAGAAAGAGUCGUGAAAAUUCUAACCAUGCACGGAAUGCUGAUCUGCAAGAACAAUCGAGGUCGUUUACCAACAGAUCAAACCCUGAUAAUGAAAGAGCCAAUACUCCGGCAAAAGGUGCCGGAAUAGCUAGCGAAAUCACUACUAAAGAAACCACAGAUUCAGAUAUGAUGAUGGCAGGGGAGAGAAACCACACAUCUAAAAAUAUUUUUUCAGACUACUUUGUCAUCCAGAACGACAUAUUUGAUACAAAUGUACAUGUAUCACUUACCAGAGACAAUGGUUCCCUCCUCUUACAAUGGCAUGGGAAAGCAAGAAAGCUACAAGUGUUGCACGUCAAGUUAGUGACGAAGAUAGACAUAAAAAAUGUGCAAGGAGACUUCCAUAUUCUUCUUAAAUGUUCUGACGAGUGGAUGGAUUUGAAAACAAGCUCUGAAUAUACAGCAACCAGGUGGUUUAAAGUAUUGAAGGAAGCCAUUGAUAGCAACAUAAUCUCAGAAACGCCGGAAGAAUUAGCAUGAAUGAGGUUAGACCUCCGUUUGGAAACUUUUCGUAUGUAAUGUUUGGUUAAUCAAUGCCAAAAUGGUGUUCAUUUAUACCAGCGUCAUGAUGUAGUUUACCUUACUCAAAUUAGAUAGAACUCCCGUGAAUCGCUUACUUGAACUCCUGUCUUGUUAUUGCGGUCCGCUAAUACCGGAACGUGAGGAUUGCUGCACAUCUUAUUACCUCUCGUGAACAGACUGGAUCAAAUUGUAUUUGAUAUCAUUUUGAUUUCUGUGUUCUACAUUCAAAAGCACCUUCUAAUAUACCUGAUGAAUAUUUGCUCAUGCUUUUAAUGUUUAACAGGUCUUAAAGCUACACCAGAUAAAUACAAACCAAAUACUACGAGUACAAAAGCGUAUUUAUUGUCGGUAGAUAUUUAUUAUAUAUGUUUUGUAUUUAGUAAUAAUGUUAAAACUAGCUUUGUUAGAAAUACGGUUAGUAAUAUUAGCCACGUGGAACUAGAAAGAAAAUUAAUUUUAUGCCACGGUGGUUCAAUGCAGGAUGUAAAACAGCACGGCGUAAUUUUCA